AUGGCUCCUCAUUCCCCAAUCGCAUCACACUUCUCAGGCAAGCUUACAAGUCAGGUGCGAAGGGUUUUACCUGCGUAUCUCGCCCUACUGUUCAUUUUCUUGUUCUUCGCCAAUACACAUUUCUUUACUACACCUAUCCGGGCUGCUUCGAAGUACAGGCGCGAGCUCAAGUACCAACAGCCGCUGCAACUCAACAGUGUGGUAAUACCCAGGAAGAUUUGGCAGACAUGGAAGGUCGGCCCCCUAGGCUUCGAGAAGCGCGACUCCGACUCAGCGAAGACAUGGCCGGAAAAGAAUCCCCGAUAUCGGUACGAGGUUCUAACCGACGACAACGCGAACGAGUACCUCGAAUGGCACUACGGUGCGCAGGGUAUCAACAGACAGGACCUUGUCGAUCUUUACCGAGAGCUCAACAUAACGAUCAUCAAGGCUGAUUUACUUCGUUAUCUCGUAAUGUAUGCUGAGGGUGGCGUGUAUGCCGAUAUAGAUGUGGAAUGCCUCCGUCCCAUUGACAGAUUCAUACCCGAGCGGUACGUCGAGGAGGAUGUCGACAUGAUAAUUGGUGUGGAGAUUGACGAGCCAACAUUCGCGGAACACGCCAUCCUGGGGUCAAAGUGCAAAUCUUUCUGUCAAUGGACGUUCGCCGCCAAGCCAAGACUACCGGUGAUGAUGAGGCUCAUCGAGAACAUACAAGUGUGGUUGCAUGAGCUGUCGCACGAGAAGGGAGUCGGGAUCUCGCAGCUUCAUCUAGACUUCGAUGAAGUCAUUAGCGGGACAGGUCCAUCAGCAUUUACGAAGGCUGUAUUAGAACAGAUGACUGCACAAAACCAUGGAAAGCCGGUUACCUGGGAUCUUUUCCAUAACUUGGCCGAGUCAAGGCUGGUCAACGGAAUUCUAGUGCUGAAUGUCGAAGCAUUCGCCGCUGGCCAGGGACACUCCGAUUCUGGAAAUCAUGACUCAAGAGGGGCAUUGGUGAAGCAUCACUAUCAUGCUUCAGGAUGGCCGACAUUACAUCCGCGACGCAAUCACCCCAUGUAUGGCGAGGUGGAGCAGUGUAACUGGAAGCCACAAUGUGUAGCAGAAUGGGACAAGAAUGUAGCGGAAUGGGAUACGUUGCCCAAAGAAGAGCAGGACAAGCGGAUUGCGAGCAAGCCGGCACCACUCGGAGGCGCAAAGCCUCACUAG